AUAAUUUGAUUGAGGCUCAUGUUAAUUAACACAUAUCUACUACUCAAGAAUUUUCAAGUUAUGUAUAUUUAACAAAAGAAAGUCUUUCCGUAGCGUCAGUAACGAUGAUAAAUAGGUGACCGGUAGAUUAUACUAAUUGUGCGGUUGCUGCCAAUACACUGAGACGACAUCAUUAUGUUCGGCAUACCUUUUGUGACAUUUUUUGUUUGGUGGUUUGUUAUUAUUCUAAUGGGAAAUGUGUGUUUUAGCUUGAUAAACGUUGGAAAACACCAGACAAGACUGUGCCUAUUCACCAUGGCUGAUUGUGUGACAUCAGAGGAUGCCAAAUUCUGUUUUGAGGAAGUUCUUAGCACAUUCAAGGUGUGUCUGUCUAAAGACAAAGAGGUAAUUCUGGAAAACUACGUCUCUGGCUGGCGUGGUCUUAUAAAGUUUUUGAACAGUCUGGGGUCUGUCUUCAGCUUCAUUUCCAAGGACGCUACCAACAAGAUCCAGAUCCUGGUGAAUUUGCUCAGAAGUGAUUCACUUUCUAACUACACUACUGUGCAGUCUAUGGUCCGAUAUGAGCUGGACAAUGGCCUUGUGGACAUCGGCAAGCGAGGCAGCCACCCAGAAUCGGGCACUCGGACACUUCUGAGGCUGCACCGAGCCCUCAGGUGGCUCGAACUCUUCCUGGAACGGCUGAGGACCAGCGCUGAUGACAGCAAGACGUCCAUCAUGUGCGCCGAGGCGUACAACGAGUCUCUCACCCAAUACCACCCCUGGGUGGUGCGCAAGGCCGCGGGCUUGGCCUUCUGUGUGCUCCCAGGUCGGCCCGCGUUCUUUGAGGUGAUGAACGUGGGUCCCCCGGAGAAAGUAGUGGCUGUCCUUGGUGAAGCUUUGCCUCUAAUUUCGGAAGUCUACCAGAUCACAGAGGAACUUUAUGCUCAGAACAACUUGCUUGAACUGCCAUAGAAACAUGUCAAUUUGACAACUGACUGCUAUUUGAGACUGUGCAAUGUCUAGAACACAAAAUAAUAGCUGCUGCCAUCAUCUUAAACGGAAGGAACUAAUGUGAAGCAAUUUGCUAAAAGCUGUGCAUGUUCAUUAUUGGAAAAAGGUUUCACAUUAGUCAUAUGAACGUGAGAUUGUAAAAUGUGUGUUGUGCAACUGUUUUUUUUUUAACACUAUGCUGGUCUUGCAAGAAAGUGGAUUCCAAAAAUUGUCUGACAUACAUUCAUACAUAUGGAUUGCAGUGACGCUCAGUGAAUGUUGGACCAUUGAUAUUAGUAUAGUGUAUUUCUGUAUUGUCUAGUAAAUGUAUAAAAGCAAGUUUGAUAAAGUAUGUAAGGUCUUGCAUUGAUGUAAUGAUACAAAUUGUUAAAAUCAUAGUGAAGGGCAUGAAUUCUUGUUAGAUUUCUUAAAAUUG